UUUCCAAAUUUUUUUUCAGUAGGCUUAUUCAUAGAGUGACAGACAAACAUUAAUAAAAUUAUGUCUAUGACAUUUUUCAUUAAUGCUAGUUUUCAAAUCACGAAUUUAGAAAUUGUCCCACCUCAGAGAAAAUGCUGGGUUUUGAGAUUUAUGAGCUAGAUGAAGCACUUAGUGCCCUCAGAUUUCAUCCUGCAGAUAGCACGAUGUCUUUGAAAAAUAAAGACCAUGAAAAGCAAAUGCAAGAUAACAUGCGAGGAAGGACGCUUCUUUUGGUUUUUUUACGUAUGAGUAGUAAAAGAAAAAUGGAUUUGUUGACAAAGUUUUUUCAACUGAUUCGUAAUCUUCAAACACUCGCCGAUAUAUUGAACAUCUUUUUCUCUGUGAAUACUAAGCUGAUAUCUUAUUCGAAAAUUGCAACCGAUUCGAAUGCAUUAUAUGAACAAUUCAUCAAAGAUGACGAUCGUAUGUUGGAUCAUGAUGCCCUAGAAGAAAGUCUACUAGAUAACACAGAAUGGUUCACCAAUUUAGAGGAUGCCAGUCAGAUGAAUAUCAUUACAAGUUUGAUGCGCCUAUCUGGAGGAAGCAUAAUAAAAAAAAUGUACACCCGCUUGAUAAAAAUAUUCAACAGAAGAAAUGCAGAAAGAAACCAGGAAUUCAGAGAAUAUAAAUCAAGUAGCAGCUUGAUCUUCUCCGAUACUUGCGAAGAACUGAUUUACGUUCCCGACAUCCAACCGCGUUACGUUCAUCAGGAUGAAGAGAGCGAUUAUAAUCAAGAUUGCCCAACGAAUAAAAAAGUAGUCGAGGCGAGAAAACAGUGGCAAGCCAGUAUGGCAAAAUUAAGAAAGGAAAUUGAAAUAGAAGUUCAAAGACUGAACGAGCCAAUUUUACAAAAAAUUAAAGAAAAAGAAGCUUUCAAACAGUUGAAUAUUACGAAAUUGAAAGAUUCGAGUAACCCUAAAGAUAACGACAGAGUCAAAAAAACAAGUAAAAUACAAGAAACAGAUAUAGAUUGGGUUCAAUUUUUGCCAGUUUGGAACGUGAAAAAGAUAUUCUCUUACCUCGACGAGAAAACACUACAGAACUUGAAGAAUGUCAAUAACUAUUGGGCAACAAUUUCAAAAGAAGUAUUGGCUGAAAUCAAAGCAAGGGAGAAUUUGGAUGCUACCAUAAAAAAGACAGAGGAAUUCUUGGACAAUCUACUCGACAAUCCACAGACAGGAUCCGAAUUAGUAAUCCGAAAAACAGAUCUGGUAACCGAACCUUCUGGAUAUAGGAAAAGAAUAGAAAAACAGAGACGAACAGGCACUUCCAUUAGAAGAAAGCAAAUUGACUUUGGAAAUUUACAGAAUAAAUCUGCAUUGUGUGAAUGUUUCAAAGAGUUUGACACACAAAACGUCACGUUCUUGACCAAACUAAAAUCGUUCCCAACCGGUAUCAUAACCAAACUGCUGGAAUACGACGGAGAAAAAUCCAUGAACGUGAGUGAAGUAGCCAGUGUGCAUGUCAUCAAACCCAAACCAACAACUGAAACCAAGGUGCCCAGUGAGUCCGAGAUGGAUCAAGUAUCUUCAGCGUCAAGUGUCAUGAGUCUGGUGCCCUCCAUUGUUGUAUCUACGGAGAACAUGGAGACCUGGUGAAACAAAUUUUAUAUCAAUUCUUUUGUAAUUUUAUUCAAAAUUCACGAUUAAAUAUGUGCAGUUA